AUGUUAAAUGUUAAUAUUGAUUUCUAUUAUUGUGAUCCUCAACCAGAAGACGUGGACAUAAAUAAGGUAGACUUUCCAUUAGUGGAAUCAAUAAUGAUAGAUCCAGAAUUUGAAACAGUAAAUAUUUUAUUAACACAGAGUCCAUGUGGAAAACUUCACGCUGACAGAAUAACAGACGUUGAAGCACUCACCGGCUAUAGAGUUUGUCCAUAUUGUAAAGAAGAAGUUUAUUCUAUCCGUGAUGAUCCAGAAAGGAAAAACCAAAGAAGAUUUUUAAAGCAUUGUGAGAAAUGUAAAGAAAAUAAUGGAAGAUUAAUUCAAGACGUUCAGUUGCAAAAGACACAGCAACCAUAUGCACCACAUAUUACGAAACAGAAGAUAUAUCAGUGGUUAUUAGCUCACAAUUUGCAGGAAUAUUAUCAACCGACAAGAUAUUAUAUUACUUUUGACUUCGAAACAUUAGAGACUAAAGAAGAAUUACAACUUUCUGAGUGUGCAACUUUGAACGCUUACUUAAAACCAUUCAUGGUAUCAUCAACGGUUAAAUUAAAUGAUAAAACAUAUACGAGGAAUUUUUGCUUAACUUCGAGUGAUUCUUUUAUUUCUGAUUGGAUUGAGUUUUUAUUUUCAACCUGUUCAUUAGUUGCUAAAUCAAAUAUUGAACAAUAUGAAGAAUUAAUGAAGUCGCAAACGGACCAAACGGCGGGGACUUUGUCUCAUACAUUAAAUGAAAAACAGAAGGAAGCAUUUAAAGAACUUCUAGAUGAGGAAUUCAAUAAAGUGAAUAUCAUAGGUUUUAAUUCGGGAAAGUUUGAUUUAAAUUUAAUUCUUCGUGAUUUAAACACUGCAAAAUGG